AUGAUCAUGGAUAUUGAAAGCCUCGCAAGAGUGUGUCUCAGGAACAUCCAAGACCUAGGUGGGUCCAGGACCAAUCUGCCAGCAGGCCAAGGUUAGGUAUAUUUUAGCUCUCGAACUCCUCGAAAGACUUGAACAAGCUGAGAAAUGGGAAAAAGAAAACUACGUUUCCCUGAACACCGAGCCUACAGAAGAAACGGAGCCUCCAAUCCUCACUUUUCCCUCGCUGCCUUCCCUGCAGCCGCUCCCCCGAAUGUCUGAUAAUCCUAAAGAUAUAAUAUUUGAUGCUUUUUUAUGUGACAAACCGGUUCCCUCUCUCGCUCCUAUUAAUACAGACCGUGUUUCUCUUCUUCUCAAGGCUUUAGCGCUUUCAGUCAACGCGCAGCCUCUUCUUCCCGAAGAGAAGUCGCUUUUGACUCACUUCAUACAAAAUAAGAACUACCCUUCGCUUCAAACUUUUAUCUAUCAGAAGCUCUUACACGGAUACUUGGACUUGCCUGAAUAUUACUCGCAGCUCGUGUCCUUCCUCAUUGAUUCCUUCCCUAGCGUUGAAGUGGCGGCUGAGGUGAUAAGAAGGCUGCCUCUCCUCACUGAGGAGCUGUGGAAAUACAUCUGGGCGCACUCGCACGAGUUCCUGUACCUUCUGAAGGAGCUCGUUCUCACUUGUGAAGAAGGCAUUCAAGGGCUGGACGAGAUGUUUGGGAUGCUUGACUCAGAGGAAGCCUUGGUGCAGAGCCACGCAACUUCUCUGAUAUCGAAGCAGCUCUACUUGGUGUGCACAGAGGAAAUCGAGCAGCGGGCUAUCCAGCAGCUACAGCAAGUCUGGUAAGAAACAUUCAGCUUUGACACUUUAAACUCACACAACUUCGAGCCCAAAAUCCGCCUUUUCUUUAAGUUGUUGAAGAGGAAUCCUGAACUUCUCUCUUCACUCAUUCCGAUUUAUUCGCAGAUCGCGAGUCCGUCAGUGAAAAACGUGAUACUCCAGUACUUUGCCAGGAGUUUUACCAAAAAUAUUCCUCAAAACCAUCCGAUACUACUGGAAGCAUUCGAAAAUAUCAGUAUCUUUUAUGCAGGCCAUCCGUUUACAAGAGACGCUUUUAACAUCAUCAGCCAGCUACAGAGUAUACACCAAGACGUAAAGACUCUCUUGAUAAACAAGGUGCAGGCAAAUGAGCACCAAGUUUUGCCAUAUUUGGCUCCACAUUUGAAUAUGGUGAUUUUCAUGUAGGAAGAUAUUGCUCAGCUGCUUCCCUCUCUUCUUGGCUUGACAGAGCAGCAGCGGCAGAACUACCUUGCAAAGAUUUUUGACGCUCCAGAUAUAGACGCUUGUGACUUCCUUGUGCUAGUUCUCCAAUUCCAAGGAUCACCCACUCAACUAGUCCAGGUUCUAAAAGAGCUUCUAGAUCUGCGGCACAUUUACCCUCCAGAAGUGCUUCAAAGAGUCACUGAAAAACUGGUCAGAGUUGAGCCAAUCCCUGAGCUAUGCAUGUACUUCAUCUUAAAAGCUAACGAGCUAUACUCCCAGCUGAAGGUCUUCUUUAUUUCUUACGCUCUACCUCAUCUCCUAAACAGGAAGAUCUGGGACUAUCCACGAAUUUGGAAAGGGUUCGUUGCCUUUGUGGAAAGAACUGUGCCAGAGUCCUUACAAGUCCUCGAGCUGAUGCCGAACGACAUUCAAAGUAAGCUGUUAGAACGAGAAGUCAUCAAGAAAGGGAAGGUUGAGGACUCUUUGAGAAGGCAAAAGAGGUAA